CCUUCAUCAAUUGGCAGGGGAAAAAAGACAAAAAAAGGUUGGGCCAAGCUUGGUUAGCAAAAAGCAAAUGGCAGCCAUUGUUUGUCCUACUAUCACAAUUAUAUAACUCAACAACAAUGAAUAUUCAAGAUUCAAGAAUCCAAACCCAAUCCCACAAAAAUUGAAAUUUCUCUUAUCAUGUUGGAAGACUCCGCCCAAGACUACCUCCUCAACCAGGAAGAAACUCUUCCAACCACUACCGCCUCCAUCCAUAAUCCCAAAAAGCUAUCCAUCAUCCCCCUCAUCUUCCUCAUCUACUUCGAGGUAUCCGGGGGUGCUUAUGGCGAGGAGGCUGCUGUGGGUGCCGCUGGUCCCCUUUGGGCCAUACUUGGUUUCCUUAUUUUCCCUUUCAUCUGGAGCAUACCUGAGGCCUUGGUCACGGCUGAGCUGGCCACCGCCUUCCCUGGUAACGGUGGCUACGUUAUCUGGGCUCACAGGGCUUUUGGGCCAUUCUGGGGUUCACUUAUGGGCUCUUGGAAAUUCCUCAGUGGGGUUAUCAACUUAGCCUCCUACCCAGUUCUUUGUGUCGAUUAUAUCAAGUUAGUUUUCCCACUUCUCUCUUCGGGGCUGCCUCGCUAUGCUGCUAUACUCUUCUCUACUUUGUUCCUUUCUUUCUUGAACUACACAGGUUUGGUCAUAGUGGGUUAUACUGCCGUGUGUUUAGGUCUUAUUUCACUCAUCCCAUUCCUAUUAUUGGCUUUGUUUUCAAUUCCCAUGAUUGAUCCUAGCAGAUGGAUUAGUUUGGGUAAUCAAGGUGUAGAAAAAAAUUGGUCAUUGUUUUUCAAUACCCUCUUUUGGAACCUCAACUUCUGGGAUAAUGCCAGUACUUUGGCAGGUGAAGUUGAGCAACCCCAAAAGACAUUCCCUAAAGCCCUUUUCUCAGCUGGUUUGCUCACUUGUUUAGCUUACUUAGUGCCUCUUUUAGCUGCUACUGGGGCUACACCACUCAAUCAACAAGCUUGGGUUGAAGGGUAUUUUGCUGAUGUGGCUCAAAUCAUCGCAGGCAAAUGGUUAAAAGUGUUUCUUGAAAUUGGUGCUGUUUUAUCCAUCAUUGGACUAUAUGAAGCACAGUUGAGCAGCUGUGUUUAUCAGCUUCUAGGAAUGGCUGAAUUAGGUUUUUUGCCACAAUGUUUCUCGGUAAGAUCUAAGUGGUUUAACACACCUUGGGUGGGAAUUCUGGUCUCAACUUCCAUAACUAUUGGAGUUUCUUUUAUGAACUUUACUACCUUAAUUUCUUCAGUUAAUUUCUUAUAUAGUUUAGGGAUGUUGCUUGAAUUUGCAUCAUUCCUGUGGUUGAGGAGAAAGUUGCCAACAAUGAAAAGACCAUUUAAAGUGCCGAUGAAGUUGCCUGGUUUGGUAGUGAUGUGCUUGAUCCCUUCAGGGUUUUUGGUCUAUAUCAUGUCAGUGGCUACUGGAACUGUGUUUUCAGUGAGUUGUCUGGUUACACUUGUUACAAUCGUAUGGUACUUUGUAAUGAAUUUCUGCAAAUCCAAGAGGCUGACCAAUGUUGAGGAUGAAGAUUUGGAAUAGCUAGGGUGACUAGUGAUUAUUAUAACUUAUAUCCCUAUUCUUUUUUUGCUGAUGUAAAAAUUAGUUUAUUAUCAAUUAUUAUGUUAAAGAA